AUGUGGUUCUUUUCAAAUGCUGAAGCGCAACAAACGGUGAAUGAAGACGAGCCACCGUCGUCACGGUCUUCUGAGUCGGACGCUAAGGACGACCUCCACAAGCCAGAUGAGCCGACACCUGAGCAGAGCUUCUCGCCCUGGAAUUUUUGGGGGCAGUUGGCUGCGGGGACGCAAGCGCAGCUAGAUGCGGAGAGUGCCAGCUCCAUGGACGAAAAUGAGCAGGACGGAGAUGGUCAACCAUUGCAUUUGUCUUCUAUCAAUUCACAAAAUGGCCAUGAGGAGGAUACUGCUCCGACAGUACCUGAAAGUAGUGAUGAUAACCAGCCUACCUCUGGGUGGAGCCUUUGGGGUCAGCUCACGCAAAACACUGAAAAUUCAACGCCAACGCAUGAGAUCCCUCCAGAGGGAAAGGCAGCAACUGCUAGCCCGAAUGAAGCAGUGAAGGACACACCGUCAAAAGAACCAAGCGCGCAUGAUAGUGAGUCUGCUUCUGGUACGUUUGUUUGGAACUUCUUCGGUGGUGCCACCUCCUGGGUCAGCGACAGCAAACCUGAAACCCCGCUCUCAGAAGAACCAGUUCACCAGAGCCCGAGAACAAUCCGCCAAGCCGGGGAGAAGGUAGAUGGAAACGAAAAUAAAAAGGAUAGUAACAGCCAUGUUGUUGACCUUCCCGAGCAAGCUCCUGUGAUAGACGAUGAGCUCAUGUCUGGUCAGGACCCGCCGAAACAUACGGGAACGAUUGCCUCCGUAGGGGAAUCAAGCGAACUUCCAUUCGUGGGAAAAGUUGCAUCUAAUGGCAACAAUAAAGACAGUAAUGCCUCGAAGAAGAAGACCAGUUCUCAGUUGCACUCCACAAGUGGAAAUAAUGCACCGGAUAGCAUGGACGAAUUUGGAGAGGACCUGACAGAGAGCCUGCCCUCCAGCAAAUUACGGAUUGGGAACGAGGCAUCUGAAAAGAAGCAGGAGACUGAAGGAGACACAAACUUCUCUACAGUAAUGAAUGAGGAUUUGAACACCACAGGCCUUGCGGGAACAGAGCCGAAGCUCAUGCCACCUGUAAACCGAGGUAUGGUGCAUAUGGAGCCGUCAAGCAUUUUGAGUUCAGAAACUGUAUCACACCGAACGCAGCUGGCCUCAAAUCUCGGAGACAGUAAUUUUCUAGGGGAUCGGAGACCCAUGGAUGAAGCUCCCAUGCAAGCUUCCGAAUCCCCCUUGGCGAAACUGCUGACAGGCAGGUUGUCUAAGCAAUAUACUUUCGUCGAACGAAAGCUCCCCGACGGCACCGAAAUUAUAGUCAGGAACGACGAAAUUGGCGCUCCAAAAGUUAAGCCCAAGCUUCCUGGUGGAGCAGGGCUUCUCGCGCCCCCUCCUACAAGUGGAACUAAUAACCUACAUGCAGCAGCAAACCAGAAAGGCCUUUCGUCAAGAAGCAGCCAAGGCACACAGGAGCAGCAACAAAUCAAGGAGUCUGCCGAAGAAACUCACGCAAACAAACGAGGCGCCUCUCUUUCGCUUUCAACUAUAGAUCAACCAAAGACUUCAGAACUUCGCAACAUGACGAAAACAACGGAAAACACCAGCAGCAAGAACGCAGUUUUAUCCGUAACAGGACUCCCAGAGAUUGAGGACGAUUUAUUCAGGGACCAUGCGCCGCAGCAGGAGCCGAAGGCAGAAGAAAGUACACCUGAAGAAGCGGCAAACCUGGGUCGUUCGUCUCAGCAACGAGAAAGUGUCUCACAUCCAACAGGAGAAGAAGACUUGCAAGACCCGACAUGCGACAGCAUACUGAAAAUGAGUGCCGAGGAAAAAACAACCCAGACGGUUGCAAUUCACGUACCAAAAGCACCAGAUCACAUAGCCCGAAGUGAAGGCGACUCGAUCACACCACAAUCCCCUGUAAUGAUUUUAACGCAAAAAGGCCCUCCUCUGCUUCACAUAAAAGCACACGGAUCAACCAGACCACGCCCGCCUCUGCCAAAGGCGGUUGGCGUGAAGGGUCUUCCUCCUGUGAAGGCGAAGGCUGGUGAAGCUGCUGGGGAUGUGGAGGUUGGGGAGGGGAAG